AUGCCCCCUACUUCUACUUCAACUCAGUUGCCAACACCUCUACCCCUUUCCAAACCUACCAUGCCACCUCAGUCUACUCAGUUCAGGCGCACACGCCCAAGCCAUGUGCAGACGAACCUCCCCUCGAAUAUUCACCUACAACACGUACAGCAACAGCAACAGCAACAGCAACAAUCUACCAUGCCAGCUUCGACGAUAAGCGCCUCCUCCGUGGCCUCAAGUUCACAACAGGGCUCGCCCGUCAUGUCUCCAGAGACCGCCGUCAUGACGAGCAACAGCUCACUUCAGGCCUCCCCCGAGCACCGGGGGCGUGAGCUCGUGGAUGACCAAUUCUCGGCGGGCUCCUUCUCGCUGCCAGAGUCGGUCAUCUCGAGGAAAACGAGUGAUAAUUCACUCGGACAGACACUCGUCGGCAGCCCCAGUGCCAUGUCCGAGGCCGUCAGCAAAAGUAACAACAUCAUUCGGCGUCUGUCGAACCGAGCCACGGCGAGAUUCGCCCGCCGCAGAACAUCCUCCGCUGCCCCAAACAGCCGUGACGGCAGCGUCGGCCCCGGUAUGCUCCGUCGAAGGAGUGACAGCAAUACCACGGCCCCGCCCGACCUUGCCGCGUAUAGCGACUCUGACGAUGAGAUCAUCGAUGAGAUGGACGAUUUCCGGUCAUUGACUGGUGGUCAGGACGGGGCUCUCAGGGAGUCGUCCUCGAAUAGCACCACCGCAUCUCUGGCCGGCUCCACCUCACCUUCGAACACCACCGCCGGCCCCGUCAUUCCCUUCCAGCUGCUCAAGGGCACCUGGAUUAGGAAGGUCUCAAAGAAGAACUGGAAGAAGCGUUUCAUCCUGGUUCUGGAGCCCGACGCAGCCAAGAUCUCCUGGGAUAAGAACAGGCCCCACAAGUGCCUGUAUAUUGACGACAUCAAGGAGAUUAGGACCGGUUCCGACAUUCGACAAUACCGCAUCGAUUACGGUGUGCCGGAAUCCGAAGAGUCCCGAUGGUUCUCCAUCAUGUACGCCGUGCCUGACAAGUCCAAGACCAAGAUGAUGCACCUGGUCGCCGAUGACGCCAGCACCUUUUACAACUGGGUGACUACUCUCGAGGCCAUCUCCAAGCACCGACAAGAUCUCAUGGCGUCUCUGAUGGCCUUCAACGAUCGGGCCAUUCGCGACUACUGGCUCCAUGAGAUGACGAAGCAGGGUGGUGAGAAGCCCCUGUCUCUCGACGACGGCGACAUUGAUUUUGAAGGAGUCCAGCGGGUUUGCCGGAAUCUCCACAUUCAUGCCUCGCCUGGCCAGUUGCUCGCUACAUUCUACGCGGCUGAUGCCACGGUCACGGGUCGCCUGAACUUCUUUGAAUUCCAGACCUUUGUGGGUUUCAUGAAACGGCGUGAGGACAUUCGACAAAUCUACCACCAGAUCGCGGCGAACCCAGAGGCCGGCCUCACUGUCACGGAGUUUCUUAAAUUUUUGCGGGACGACCAGGGUGAAAACGUUGAUGCUGACCUUCCGGGCUGGGAAGCUUUAUACAGCAAGUUCGCUCGCAAGUUCAGGCCCAGGGAUGCCGACAAACUCGAGUGGACGCAGGCCGAGGGCCCUAGGAUGGGCGACGCUGCCUUUGCCGCAUACCUCACCUCGACCUACAACCUGCCGGUCCGCAAGGAGCCCAAGGAGUACACCCUGGACCGUCCAUUGAACGAGUACUUUGUCUCCAGCUCUCACAACACCUACCUGAUGGGCCGACAAGUUGCCGGUUUAUCCAGCGUUGAGGGCUACAUUUCGGCGCUUGCGCGUGGGUGCCGUUGUGUAGAGGUUGAUUGUUGGGAUGGACCGGAUGGCAACCCCACGGUAAACCACGGCCGCACACUCACGACGUCGAUUAGCUUCCAGGAGACCAUGACCACGAUCAACAAGUACGCCUUUGUCAAGACCAAGUACCCUCUCUGGAUCUCCCUUGAGGUUCACUGCAAUCCCGCGCAACAGGCUGAGAUGGCUCGUAUCAUAAAAGAGACCUUUGGCGCUCGUCUCGUAACCGAGCCCCUGGACCCGUCCUCUGACAAAUUCCCGUCUCCCGAGCAGCUCAAGGAGCGAGUACUCAUCAAGGUCAAGCGCCCGCAGCCAUCUCCGGAGCCUACCAAGCCAGCCGAGUCGACUGGUCGCCGACGCGGCAACAGCCUGAGCUCCCCGUACCCUAAGCCGGUUCAGUUGGAUAACAGCAUUGUCCCCUCCCAGUCGCUGCCUCAGAGCCCGAUUCUGAGCCCGAGCCACUCUUCCCGCCGCCUCGUCAGCAAAAGCCGUGUCAACACCAUCACCGAGGGCGAGGUCCAGGACGCCCUGAGCAGCAGCACAAGCGACAACGACAGCGCCGGCGAGCGUGUGCCCCCUAGGCGGUCGUCAAACAAGACGGUCAAGGUCCUAGGAGAUUUAGGCGUGUACUGUGCCGGCGUCAAGUUUGGUGGAUUCGACGCCACCGAGGCCAAGGCGUACAACCACAUCUUCUCCUUCAUGGAGUCGAGUUUCAUGAGAAACAGCAAGUCCACGGAGGAGAAGAGAGCCAUUGAGCUCCACAACAUGCGAUACCUCAUGCGCGUUUACCCCGACCGCACCCGAAUCACGUCCAACAACUUUACCCCAAUCGCCUACUGGCGCAAGGGCGUGCAGAUGGCUGCACUCAACUGGCAGACGUUCGAUCUCGGCAUGCAGCUCAAUCAGGCCAUGUACGAGAGCGGCACCGACAGAUCCGGCUACGUCUUGAAGCCGACCGAGCUGCGCGAGAUCAAGGUGAUGCCCCCCGGAUGGGAAGGCCUUCGGGAGCGCCAGGAGGUCACCUUCACCGUUGAUGUCAUCUCGGCCCAGCAGCUCAUGCGCCCCAACGGCAUGCCCAACAACAAGACGGUCGACCCUUAUGUCGAGGUGGAGGUGUUCCACUCCAACGACAAGAGGGAUAAGAGAGACGCGGAUGGCGAGGCAUCGGUUUCGGACACGCCCCUCAAGUUCCGCACCCGCGUGAUUCGGGAGAACGGCUUCAACCCAAUCUUUGAUGGCAAGUUUACCUUCAAGGUUACGACCAAGUUCCCCGAACUCAUCUUUAUUCGCUGGUCGGUCAAGCUCUCUCACAAUGGUGAGAGCUACAACGACCGCCAACCCGUGGCGACGCACACUGCCAAGCUCAACGGCCUCAAGCGUGGCUACCGCACCCUCCCCCUCUUUGACCACAACGGCGAACAGUAUCUCUUCUCUACCCUCUUUUGCCGCGUCAACAUCAACUCCGUCCAGACCAUUCUAAUCACAAAGGGCGAGGAACUCGAGUCCACGGGCAUCAGCAAACCCCGCGGAGUCGGGCGAGUCUUCAACACGUUCGGCACUCGAUCCAACAACAUUAGCCCCAAGUCAAGCAUGGAAAAGGCGACCUAA